UGUUUAGCGACCACGCGCCGUAGACGAAGAAGACGGAAGCAACCCACACCUUCCUCCUCUUCCUCUCUCUCUUUGUCUUUAAACCCCUCGUCGUCUUUCUCCCGCAUCACUCCAUAGACCAUAACCCCUUUCUUCUGAAUCUCUCUCUCUCUCUCUCUCUCUCUCUCUCUCUUUCCUUCUUCAUCAUCAUCUCCCCAAUUCGUAACCCUAAAAACUCAGAUUAAACAAAAUGGCUGAACCAAUCACGGAACAGCCUCCACCACCUGCUCCGGACCCUAAUUCCACCCACCCUCCUCCUUCCGAUUUCGAUUCCAUCUCGAUCCCUACGUUCGAUGAUCAUUUCGGCUCCGAUCAGACUCCGAUUGGUGAACUCAUGUCCGAUCUGGGUUUCCCCGAUGGUGAAUUCGAGCUCACUUUCGACGGUAUGGACGAUCUCUACUUCCCCGCUGAGAACGAGUCGUUUCUCAUCCCUAUCAACACCUCUACCCAAGAGCACUUCGGUGAUUUCACCCCCGAUUCCGAAGCUUCUGGAAUCUCCGGUGAUUCUCUUCUUCUCCCCACCACCAAAGAUGAUGCCGUUACAACUUCUGGUUGCUGUAACCGUGAAUCUCCUAGGGAGGAUUCUGAUGAUCGAUGUUCCGGUGCUGAUCGUAGCUUAGAUCUACCGACUCCGUUGUCCUCUCAGGGCUCGGGUAAUUGCGGUUCUGAUGUCUCCGAAGCUACGAAUGAAUCGUCUCCUAAAUCAGGUAACGUUGUCGUCGACCAGAAGGUUAAGGUGGAAGAAGCUGUGGCUACUACUACGACUGCGUCUAUUAUUACCAAGAGGAAGAAAGAGAUCGAAGAGGAUUUGAGUGACGAGUCUAGGAACAGUAAGUAUAGGAGAUCAGGGGAGGAUGCAGACGCAAGUGCUGUGACCGGCGAGGAAGAUGAGAAAAAGAAAGCUAGACUCAUGAGAAACCGUGAAAGCGCGCAGCUUUCGAGACAGAGGAAGAAGCAUUACGUUGAGGAGCUUGAAGAGAAGGUUAGGAAUAUGCAUUCCACUAUAACGGAUUUGAAUGGCAAGAUGUCUUAUGUCAUGGCUGAGAAUGCUACACUAAGGCAGCAAUUGGGAGGUAAUGGAAUGUGUCCGCCGCAUCAUCCACCACCUCCGAUGGCAAUGUAUCCACCUAUGGCUCCAAUGCCUUAUCCAUGGAUGCCUUGUCCGCCUUAUAUGGUCAAGCAACAAGGGUCUCAAGUGCCUUUGAUUCCCAUUCCUAGGUUGAAACCACAGAAUCCUCUUGGAACAUCCAAGGCAAAGAAGUCGGAGAGUAAGAAGAGUGAAGCUAAGACCAAGAAGGUCGCCAGUAUUAGUUUUCUGGGGCUUCUGUUUUGUCUAUUUUUGUUUGGUGCAUUGGCUCCAAUUGUCGACGUUAAUUUUGGAGGAAUUAGUGGUGCCUUUUAUGGGAACUAUAGGUCUAAUUAUAUUACUGAUCAGGUUUACAGUCAGCAUAGGGAUAGAGUUUUGGAUGCAUCUCGUAGUGGUGCUGGUACUGGGGUUUCUAAUAGUAACAGCGGGAUACAUUGCGGGGGAGAUUCUGAUCAAGGAACAAGGAAAAAUAUAUCUGCAACAGAGAGCUCUGUACCUCCUGGAAAUGGUAGUGAGCCUCUAGUUGCAUCACUCUUUGUUCCGAGGAAUGACAAGCUUGUGAAGAUAGAUGGGAAUUUGAUUAUUAAUUCUAUAUUGGCGAGUGAGAAAGCCGUGGCUUCGAGAAAGGCUUCUGAAUCAAAUGAGAGGAACGCUGACUUGGUGAUUCCGAAAGAUUAUUCCCCUGCACUGCCUUUACCUGACGUGCGAAGGACCGAGGAAAUGGCUAAGCAUCUCUACAGAUCUAAGACUGAAAAACAGAAAGCUCUAUCCUCUGGCUCCGCUGAUACUCUGAAGGACCAAUUCAAAACAAUAGCAGCCAACGGUGAAAUGCAGCAAUGGUUUCGUGAAGGUGUUGCAGGGCCCAUGUUUAGUUCAGGGAUGUGCACGGAAGUGUUUCAGUUUGAUGUCUCCUCAACCUCUGGAGCCAUCAUUCCUGCAACUCCAGCAACCAACGUCUCUGCAGUACACAGUAAGAACACCACAGACACACACAAGAGAAAGAACAGAAGGAUCCUUCGCGGUCUUCCCAUUCCACUCCCGGGAUCAGAUUUUAAUCUCACCAAAGAACACCAAAGAAACAGCAGUAGCAAAGAUAUCAAGCCAGCCUCGUCGAUGGUUGUAUCUGUGCUUGUCGAUCCGAGAGAAGGUGGUGAUGGAGAUAUAGAAGGGAUGAUUGGGGGUCCAAAAUCACUGUCCCGAGUUUUUGUCGUCGUGCUUCUAGACAGUGCAAAGUAUGUAACAUACUCGUGUGUCCUGCCUCGAUCAGGAGCUCCUCAUCUUGUGACCACUUAAAAAGAUUUUUGAGAGGAUUGAAACAUAUUUCAGCAGGUCUUCUCUCCUCUAGGCUUUUUGUAUGUAAAAGAAUAAAUACCCUGCUCUUUGGUAUCAUCAAAGUAAUAUCCAUAGCUAUUUAUUUACCCGUUGUCCGGCUAUUUUUGUUUGUUUCCAGAUGUAGAAUCCGAAUGCUGUAACUUUUUUUUUUGUUACCUUUUAUAAACUUAUAUAACCUUAGAAAGUUUUGCAUUACA